GUACGGCCACGGCCUGAAGCCUGUGAUCGUGAAGCCGGUGAACUCCACCAGCAAACCGUUCCGCACCACCAAAGACGGCGUGAUUUCCAGCCUCGUGGGCGGCUACGAAGAGUUUCCCGAGGAGUCCAGGGAGCCCAGGGAGCCCAGGCAACGUGGCAACGGUAAAGGGGUCAAGCCCUUGGGGAAAAAAUAG